AUGCAGUCCCAUUACUUUCGCUCCUCGACGAGUCAAUACCAGGCGGGUGGUCCGUAUGAGUUACCUCCUGUGCAAUCGGUGACUUCGUCGUCCGGUCCUUUCCAGCAGGGUCCUCCGGCUGCUCUACUUUCUGCUCCACCGAGCAGACCCGAGAGCGGACUGAGGAUGGCCCAUCUACUGCAACCGUUGGCACAGCAGAUGCCCAGCCCUCAUCCCCCUCAUCCGCCUUCCUCUUCUUCCUACUCACGCUCCUAUGAGUCGAGUGGCUCUCCGGCAGAGGCUAUCUCUAUGCUCCCGGAUGCACCGCCACUCAAUGGACUUGGAUCUGGUCCCUCGGGUCUACUUCAACCCGGCGCAGGGCUGCAACAGCAGCAGCAGCAACCCUUGCAACAGAAGAGGGCAUACCGUCAACGAAGGAAGGAUCCGAGUUGCGAUGCUUGUCGUGAGCGCAAAGUUAAGGUUUGUGACGCUUCCGAGUCAUCCAGUUGCACGGAAUGCACAAACCGCAAAGUGCGCUGCCAGUUUACCAAGGAGACCAACCGGCGCAUGUCCUCCAUAAAACAAGUGCAAGACCUAGAGAAGCAGCUGCUAUCGACCAAACAGCAGUUAAACCAGUUGCGAUCGGGAAUGCUCAGGCCCGACAGCCUGAUGGAUCUUGAUAUUGACGGAGCAGGGCAGCCCCAACUGAAGCUGCCGGAUAUCGCAUUAUGUCGACCUCACCACCGGUCAAAGGUUCCUAUUGCACAGGAUCUCUCCAAGGCCCGUGCCAACCUGCGCAAAUAUGGCAGGGAAAUUAUGCACGUGCCCAACCCCUAUCGCCAGCAGGGUCCAAGGUCGUUGUUAACCUCGGACCCGCCGCCGCUGCCAUCGAAAGACCUUGCAGAUCGUCUUCUCGCGCAAUAUUAUGCGUGCAUUCAUUCCGUACUGCCUGUAGUUCAUUGGCCGAGCUUUAGAGACGACUAUGAGAAGGUUUACCGUGCUGGCUCUGUUGUGGGGAUGCCACGGGAGUGGGUGUCCGUCUUAUUCGGAAUAUUGGCUUGCGGCUAUCUUCACACGUUGGAGAAGAAUCGGGAGCAGGAAGGCAAACGGUUUAUCAAGAUUUCCUGCAGGGUGAUCGACGUGUGGCAGGACAACUUCUCCCUGGAUCAAGCGCGCGCCGCCUUGUUGGUCAGCAUAUUCCUGUACGAAGCCAAUUCGAAGUCGGCUAGCUGGGUGUGGAUUGGUUCUGCCGUGAGAGUAGCUCAAGAAAUUGGGCUACAUGUUGAAUCCGGACCAUGGCCUGCCAUUGAAGGGGAAAUGCGAAGACGAGUGUGGUGGGGGAUGUAUGCUUGGGAUAGACUUCUGGCUUUGGAAAUGGGAAAGCCGGUUUUGAUCAAUGAUCAAGACUGCGAUGUUGACCUCCCCUGCGUUGUCGACGAGCAAUACAUCUCCGAUGAUGGCGGUGUUAUGCCUGAAAGCCAGCGAACAACCUCGCUCCUUGCUACAAUCCAUGUUGUCCGAUCAGUUGGGCAGUUGACACGAAUACUGAAAGCACCUAACAUCAGCACAGCAACUAUCGAUACUUUUGAGCGACAUUUCAACGCUUGCCUCGUCACAUUUCCCUCGGAAUAUCACCCGAAAUCCGACCAAGCUCUCGAUCCCCGAUCGCUUGCCCCGAUUAUCUACCUCCAAAACGCCCGACUCACCCUUCACCGUCAUAAUAUCUCCCCGUUUUGUCCCCCCGAAGUGCGUUCCUCUGCACUGGACUAUUGUGUUUCUACAUCCCAAGAUACAGUGCGAUUGCUUUCGCGCGCUAUGCGGUAUCUUGCCGGCUCUAACCUUGGACACGGAGCUCCAGGGAAUAGUGAGGACUGGCGCCCAUUAUUCGCGUCAUCCGCAGGCACCACGAUAUGCACCCAUAUCUGGCGCUGUGCACUUAUGCUGCUGUUUCGCCAGGAUUUCGCUUCCGCGUUGGUAUGUGUUCAGGCUGGAGCUGCAGUUGGGGACUCCCGCUCGCUCAACGCAGCCUGUGGACGGUAUCUUGCUUUCUUCUUGAAGUGCCUUCUCGACCGAUAUCGCCGCAGGGAUGGGCUCGAGCGCGACGAGGAGAUGAUGGCCUAUGUCUCCGGCGAUUUGCAAGGCAGCUCGGACGGCAGCUGGGUGUGGGAAGGCAGUAAAACAGGUUCCCAGUUAGAUGCGAUGUCGUCUAAUAUCGGCAGUCCAGUCUCACAUGGACAAUCUGAGUACAAAGACAGCAUGUCUACUGAAGAAGCCGAGCCCUGGGACAGUUGGGACUGGGUCGAACAGACGGUUCGAUACCUCCAUAAGAAACAGCAGGAGCAACCACUAAAGGAGUAUGAUAUAACGCAUGACCCAUCCGUCAACACGCCAACGGAGUCCACAUAUCUCAGCCCGGAGUCUGCCAGUGGACAUAACGACUCCUCUCCCCGACGGUCCAGUUCGUCCCAUUCGCGAAUGACGAUCGCGAGCAUCAUCUAA